AAAAAAAUCUACUUCAGCAAUAAAAAAGGACAGAGAAAAUAUUUUUAUAAAAGAGUAUUUUGGAGGCUGGGUGAUAUAACUGGAUUUUUUGAUGGUCCUUCCUUUAACACAGAGCCACUACAAUGUCAAUCUCUCUUUCAAUUUCUUGUAGUAUUUUUAGUAUGCAUUGAAACAGGGUUUGGUUCCUCAGGACUUUGCAUAUUUAGAUUAUCGUGCAUUGUAUAAUACUCUGAAUAUGCAAAACGCUUGAAAAGGUUGACAACCCUUAGGACCUUCCACAAUAUAAAUCUUAAUACAUAAAUUCCUAUUGAGAAUAACAAGAUUCUACCCUCUCCUCUGUUACACAGAUUGUAAUAUUUGGGAUAAAGUGAAACGAAUGUUAUGAACAGUACAGCUCUUGCUCCUUUUGAACAGUUGCCACUUAAGUUUUAACAUCUUUGUCACUUCAAAUACAUUUGCAUUGAAAAAUUAAAAUUAAACAAAAAAAGACAUGAGCUCCAUAAAGAAUGAAUGACCUGAGAUGUCUCAGUACUGUAAAAAAAAAAAAAAAAACAAAGUUUGGGGUGAGGGCUUUUUAUUUUUUUUUUUAAUGAAAAGCUCCAAAAUCACUAAGCACAUUCACACAGAUGUACAUAACACACUGUCCCCCCUCCACACACAUGUUGUUCUGCUGCUGCCUUAUUUUUUGUUCCCCUCUCUAAUCAAAAAAUGCUCAAACAGAUUUAAAUGAAACUUUGUGAAAACAAAAUAAUUGGAUCAGGGCUGAGAACAUUAAUGCCAAGCUUGGGCCCAAUGUGAAUUAAAGCAGAUGAGUUAUAAACCCUUCAAAACCAGGAUUUAUAAUGGAAAUGCUGACACAGACCCAUAACAAUAGCAGCUCUGCCAGGGAUUAUUUUAAUACUAAAAGCAUACUCAGUCGCUCACUUUUUUAAACCAGAGAUUACUUAGUCACUAAAAAGCAGUGAUAGGCGAUAAUAAUGAAAGCAAACUUUAAAAAAAAUGUUUCUAAGAUGACACAUCGUUCCCUCUGUAACUCUCUUGAUAUCGCUUGUAUGUGACACGACACUCAUAAAAUAAAAAAAAAAAAAGAAAAAAAAAAAAAAAAACAAAAAAAAAAACAAAACACCACAAACCCCAAACACACCAAGGUGGAGUUUGCCAUAAGCUCCAUGUCAAGGCUGAGCCGAGAGGCUUUGUCAGCAUCAUUUAACAGUUCCUUGCAUGUGUAAAAGAGACAAAAGGGUUAAGGGAGGAAGAGCAGGGCGUACAGGAGAGGCAGCUGAGGGGAGAAACAAGGGCACGAAGAAAGGAGCAGCCAGGGAGGCAAAUGGAAUAGCAGGGGGAGAUUUUUUAGGAGGAGGAAGAGUGUGUCUCCAAAGGAAAUAACUCAGUUUUUAAAGAAUUUUCGGGGAAGCGUUCGCAAAACAGGCCAGGCAGGCAGAGAAAAUUUGGCCGAGGGGCAAACCCUGCGAGCAGCCCAAGUGACACCUGCGAGCGUGUCACCCCGGCGGGAGCUGGGGUGCCCUGGUCACCCCGCAUCACACUGGGGCAGGACGGGGACCAGUCAGCCCCGCCACAUGCUUCCGAAAAAAAAGGCACCGCUUGUUAAAUCUUCACGUUGUAUGUCCAGUUCCCCACAAACGCCUCUCUUCUGUUCGGAAUGUCAAAACCCACCCAGGGCUGGGAGGGGAGGAUUUCUCACAGCCGGCGGGAUGUUUGCUCCUGUUAUCCUGUGCUCUGGGGUGACACACUGCACUCCCCCCUCCCACCCCACCUCCCCCCCCCCCCCCCCCCCCAAAAAAAAAAACAAACAACAAAAAAAAAACCACCCCAAAAAAAACCCAAACCCCCACACCCCAAAAAUCACUCCCAGCAGCUUUACACAAAAACUACUUUUUGUGGCCAUGCUAUGUGUUAUAGCACCGGCAUUACUUCCCCAUUCUUGCCUUCCCUUUUUUUUUUUUUUUUUUUUUUUUUCUCCUCCCUGGGUACCAGGUGCACCGGAGGGACUCGGAUCAAUACAAGACAGCACUUUUCGUAUAAACAAUACCGUAUUAACAACCACAGGGCAGCCGUACCUGUAGGCAGGGAUAGCACCAAAUGUUGGCACGUCUAUCCGUGCAGCUAGGCUGCUAAAAAGAAGCAGCUCCAGUGGAAAUGCACCUACUGUAUGUGAAAUGCUGGUGCAGAUUUUUUUUUUUUUUUUUUUUUUUUUUCUAUCAGUCUAACCUUCUGUGUUGAUACAUGAAUGCUGGUACCCACUUAGAGGGAUGCCAGAUGAUCAGUGCAGAAUGAAGGUCCCAGGAGAAAGGCUCACGUGGUUUUCUCUGCCCCGUGACGUCACUAGCAGAUGGCAUGGGUACCAGCUCUGGCAGUUGGCAUCAAUGUCACUUUUUAGAGAUCAAUGAGAUAGUGCAGAUAUACACAGAUCUAGACUCCAGGAGACGAUGCGACACUCAGACUGAAAAGAUUUGGAAGGCAAAAAAUGAAAACUGAUUGUUGAAUGAAAUAAAAAGCUAAGGUAACUUAAGAUUAUAGAACCAUGUUAACACUACCGUUUGAUGAGUCUGUUGUAAUGCCAGAAUCCCAGAUGUGCAGAAAGUUUUCCAGAGAAAGUGAUGACCAAAAGCAAAUGAAGAACCCAGAAAGCUUUUCGAAGCAGAUUGUGCUCCGAGGAAAGAAUAUUAAAAGAUCUCCUGGAGAAGACACAGAAAAAGAGGAGGAGGAGGAAGAGAGAGAAGAGGAGGAUGAGAAUGGCUUGCCUAGGCGAAGGGGCCUCCGGAAAAAAAAGACGAGCAAGAUAAGGAUGGAAAGGAUCAAAUUCAGGCGACAAGAAGCCAACGCUAGAGAGAGGAACCGGAUGCACGGCCUUAACGACGCCCUGGACAAUUUAAGGAAAGUGGUCCCUUGUUACUCUAAAACACAAAAACUGUCCAAAAUAGAAACUCUAAGACUAGCCAAGAACUACAUUUGGGCUCUUUCUGAAAUCCUGCGAAUUGGCAAGAGACCCGACCUGCUCACCUUCGUCCAAAACUUGUGCAAGGGUCUGUCCCAGCCAACUACAAACUUGGUGGCGGGAUGCCUGCAGCUGAAUGCCAGAAGUUUCCUGAUGGGCCAGGCGGGCGAAGGCGCCCAUCACACCCGCUCGCCCUACUCCACCUUCUACCCCCCCUACCACAGCCCCGAGCUCGGCACCCCCCCGGGGCACGGGACUCUCGACAACUCCAAGUCCAUGAAACCUUACAAUUACUGCAGCGCUUACGAGUCCUUCUAUGAAAGCACUUCCCCUGAGUGCGCCAGCCCACAGUUUGAAGGUCCCUUAAGUCCUCCCCCAAUUAACUAUAAUGGGAUAUUUUCCCUGAAGCAAGAAGAAAGCUUGGACUAUGGCAAAAAUUACAAUUACGGCAUGCAUUACUGUGCAGUGCCACCCAGGGGUCCCCUUGGGCAGAGCUCUAUGUUCAGGUUGCCUACAGAGAGCCACUUCCCUUACGACUUACAUCUGCGCAGCCAGUCUCUCACCAUGCAAGAUGAAUUAAAUGCAGUUUUUCAUAAUUAAUGAGGAAAAUGAAAAUAAACAGUGGUCAUUCACCUCCCCAUCUAAUUAAGAGCAAGCAGAUGCUUGGGCACUGCGUAAUUGGCACAACUCUAUUUAACGUGUUUACUAGUUCCUAAAGUGUGUUUCAACUAUUGUGGGGAUUUUCUAUGUAUUAAUAAACCCUUUUUCCGAUAAGUAUUUUUCCUUUCGUUUUUUUGUCUGUAAACACUGUGAGAUUCUGUUUCCUCUCAGAGGUUAUUUCCCCCCUCCUUUUUUUUUCUUUUUAUUUCCCUAUUUGCUUGAUUUGUUGAGCAGUGUGUCUGAAUAAUAUCGCCGAAAUAAAAUCGUACACACUGUGUAAAGUCAAUGUCUAUUUUGAUUGUACAGUAAUUAUACAAAUGCAUGUUAUUGAAAUCAGAUUAAUAAAAAUGAUGUAUUUAUAAUUGGUAGAAAAUAUAUAUUAUGUAUUUGAGGAGGAGAACUGGAUUAAAAAUAUUCAGAACUUUAAAAGAAAUUAUCUCAGAACUGAGAUGGGCUUGCAAUAUGCAGAGGUGAGAGUGCAGCAAUAUUGAAAGCUAUGCAAAAAAAAAAAAAGCAAACAAAAAAAAAACCAAACAGUUUUUUGGGUUGUUGUUUUUGGGUAAGCUAAGGAAAACCAGUGAUUGUCACUGACAUCAUUCAGCCUGACCUUUAGAGUGUUGCUGUCAGGGGCCACAUGCUAAUAUUUUAGAAGAUGUUGUCGAAAUUUUGCCUCAGUUAUUUUGACCAUAUAUAAUCAGCACUUUUUUUUGUAUUAUUCUGACUUCAGAUGUAAAGGUUUGUUAUAACAAUGUAUAACUGUGGUUUCUCACUACGUACUUUAAAUGCAAUUAAAGAUAGAUGUUUCCACUUUUAAAAUACAUCUAUUAGCUGUGAUACU